UCGCUGGCUAGUGGUUGGUGGAUAUAUUUCCGAGCCCCUCCAUUCCUAAUAAUUAUUACACAGUUCCUUAAGCAAAAAAAGGUAGCGUCCUCUUCAAAACCAUAUUGAGACAAUUUUAAGCCUCUUGUCUCGCUGACAUAAAAAUGUAGCCUUCUUAACUUGAAUACGCUCAAAUUUUUAAAUAGUUUUUGAUGAGUAAGGUGACGAAUUGGUGUACAAUACAACAUCUUUAAUGUUACGAUGUCCUUCGAACCUCUACAUGUUCUUCCUAAUUCUAAACAAGCCUAAAAUUUUGUUCGCUUUUCUCGCAAUGGCAUCAAUAUGACUGCACAAUUGACAUCGAGAGAUGAUGGUUGCUGUAGAAUUCGUUUGUUUCCUCUAAGACAGAACCGUUCAAGGUCAUAUUUGGUACAAUUGGUUGCUUCUUCAGAGUAAUUCGCUCUAACUUGCCUCCCUUACAUCGAAGGCUAUCCUGUUAAGGUGGCCCGAAAUUAUUGAUAUGGGUGUUGGUUAUGUUUUUAAAUCGCUUUUUUCAGCAGGAACGAUUUAAGCGAUUUCGCUGCACAAAAUUCCCAUCAAAAUUAACCUUACAAUGCUACGCUAACACAUCGGUGAAAGUUGACGAACAAAUAGUCAGAGGAGAAGUGCCGACGCCUAUCUCCUAUCUGAAAGGGCACUCUCAUCCGAAGCUUAAUUGCAAGAAACUGAGUAAUCAGAAACCUACGGUGAAUACAGUUAGCAUUACAAGAAGAACAACUUUAAUUAUGAUGAAAUGCGGGGUGAGAUUAGAGAACUUCUAUUUAUCAAAGUUACUUUGUAUUUGCCCUUUUCGUUUCGAAAAAACUGUCUCAACAAAACAAAAUAUAGCAACUACGAGAAACUCUAAAGAGUGUUUAGCGUCACAUGUUCCCGUUUUGAGGAGAAACGGAUCCACAGUUUCAACGUUCUCCUUGGCAUUGUGCUUGAAAAACUGGUGGCUAAACCAUUUUCCCUGCUUAAUGCAACUUGUGGUCGGAAGAGAGAGCUGUAUAACUAGGGGAGUCGAUUCCAGUGAGAAGACUAUCACUUCCGGCAAUGAAUGCAAAUUCUCAUGGGACAGCAAAGCGAGAAGAAAAACGAUGGCUGAGACAUCAUUGACUGCGUAUUUAAAGUCCCUUUUAUUUUUAGAAAAAGGUCAAUCAUAUGGAGACAGCAUUCCAAAUAAUGUGUCAUGUAUGUAUAUUAAGCCUCUUCAAUGUAAAAUACGGACAUCAACGGAAACUCAACUACACUGGUAUUCUAUCAGUUGAACUUAUUGCUAAAACGCCAAAAAGUGUGGUCACGUUACUGGGUCGGUCACCUGUUGGCUAUUGUUUGGCGACAACAAUCUUUUAAUGUUUCUAUUAACAGUUGAGUAUUCCGGUGUUUUAUUUUUUUUAUUACAGACAUCAACGGAUGUUCCAGCAAUCCUUGUUUAAACGGAGGAUCGUGUACUGACCAGGUUAAUGGAUAUGCUUGUAGCUGUCAGCCUGGAUACGCAGGAGCACAGUGUCAGACAAGUAAGAAAUAUCUUUAGUAUGAUAUCCCUGAAUAGUUUAGGCAAAAAUUGUAAUCAAUCUUAAAAUAUUGCCAUGAAAAGUUGUCGUUUCUCAUAUUGUACAUUUUGCCACAGACAUCAACGAAUGUUCCAGCAAUCCUUGUUUAAACGGAGGAUCGUGUACUGACCAGGUUAAUGGAUAUACCUGUAGCUGUCAGCCUGGAUACGCAGGGGCUAGGUGUCAAUCAGGUACGUACGCAUUAGCAUUAAAGACACCUCAAAUGUUGCUUUUUGACAUUCAAGAAGAGUUCUCAGUUACUAUGAGAAUGACAGAGAUAAUUCGUUGAUUGUCUUGUGGCAUUGUGGCCCCUCCAACUUUGGCCCAUCCCUUUUGGUAAUUAUUACACAGUUUCCUAUACAACAAAAAGAGGAUGGCGUCUUUUUCCAAAGUAUAUUGAGGCAAUGUAACUACUCUUCACCGCUGACAUAUAUUAAGUAGCCCAAAUUUUUUAAUAGUUUUUGACGAGUAGGGUGACCAAUACAACAUCGUGCGAUACAACACCUUGAAUGUUACAAUUUCGUUCUAACCUCUACGUGUUCUUCAUAAUGAUAAUCAAGCCUAAAAUUUUGUUCGCUUUUCUCGCAAUGGUAUCAAUAUGACAAUUCACAUAAAGAGAUGAUGGUUUUAAGUGGGCCAAAGCUGCGAAAUUGGUCUGAAAUUUCCUCCAAGACAGAACCGUUCAUUUGCGGUCAUAUUUGAUAUAAAUGGUUGGUUAUUCGCACUAACUUGCAGUACUUACAUCGAAGGUUAUCUUGUUUAAAGAUGACUCCACGUUACAGUUUAUCGAGAUCCCCUUAAUAAAUCAACUGAUUAUUGGGGCAAGUUAUUACAGAUAACUCUAAAUGCGUUACAUUGAUCUGCAUAAAGUGCCACCGACUCCCUUGGAGUGACCACCUCAGCUAGGUGGAUCACUGAUAACCUAAAAUAAAGAAAACAGGGGGCUCAAGAUUGAUCCCUGCGACAUACCAGACGGGAUUCAGUUUAGCGCACUUGAGCAAUUGCUAUCAGCUAUAACCCCUUACUUACGAUUUGAUAGUCGGGAAUACCCUUUCACGAAGCCAUGCUGCCAAUCAGAAGAAAAGGUGACUAAAUGGCCCAGGUGGAUAAUUUUUCCUGAGUUUUGCCCAAAACGAACAACCAUAUAUUAGGAAAUGGAGCUAUAGAUUCAACGUUCUCCUUGGCAUUUUGCUUUAAAAACUGGUGGCUCUUCAGUUCCAGAUAAAGGGAACUUCACCCGGCUAAAAGAUGGUUAGUGGCUGCGGCAGCUUCUUGCUAGGCAUGUCCCGAUUGCGCUGCAAAAUUCACCAAAACGAGCACAAAACAUGGCAGAAAAGUGCUCAUGAGAAAUGGAGCUCGAAAUUUAGGAAUAGGGCUCGAAAGAUGCUCGUACGUUUUUAAUUUUUUCCUAGCAGAUAUGUUCAUAAAUAUUGUUAGUUUUAUAGAAGUUUUACCCCUCGAUUUUCUAAUAAGUGACCACACUAGAAGUGAAACCCCAAUGUUUUUUUUUUCCAAAAUGGACUGUUUCCACGGUUAAAAGGAGCCUUUUUAUGACAACAGUCAGGCGACAAGGUGGCCAGUUAUUCAAAUUCGCGAUAAAAGAAUUACUUGGCUUACUGAAAACGUUUCAAAGACCAGAUAUAGCAUUUAACAUGUGGAAAAUUGUAAAAAAAAAUAAAAUGCUUAAUUGUUGCCCAAAAAGUGAAAAAUGCUCAAUUUCUGCUCAAAAGUCAAAGCGUUCAAGAGAGCUGGAAAUGUAAAAUACUGCUCCAAAUUCAAAAAAGUGCCAAAAAAGUGCACAGGACAAUCGGGAAAUACCUACUUCUUGUCACAAAUAUUAAAAAUACUUGUGGGGGAAUUAAGAUACCUAAAUACCGAGCCAGUACUUCGAGCCAGGACUCCAGUCACGACGUAUACUAGAAAUGCGUUAUCGCAAAAAUCUCGCGAAGCUGUAAAGGCUCAUGGGUGAGAAUAAAGGAAAACAAGCCAAAGGGAAAAAAUAUGAACAAAAACAAAGAAAACUAAACAGAAAAAAAUUUGCAAAGAAAACGAAAAUGGCCACAUCGCCAUUCAAACCCACACCUUGACCACCUUCUACGAGAGAAACCAGCUCCAAGACCACUGGGCCACGCUGCCGCUGAAUAACUAAUAGAUGACGUAAAAUUAAUAGUCUUAAACCAUUUUCCCUGCUUAAUGCAACUUGUGGUCAGAAGAGAUAGCUGUAUGACUAGAGGAGUCGAUUCCACUGAUUGAGAAGGCUUUUCAUAUCACUUUCGGCAAUGAAUGCAAAUUCUCAUCAGGGGCACCCAACGGCAAUUUCCGGAAAAUAUCUGUUCGGAAGACGAUUUGAGAUCUAGAAUUUUCGGAACAUUUGUUGUAAAAUCUCUUGCUUGCCUGCCUCUCCUAGGAUUUUCGAACAUCUACAAAAUGGUAAUAUAUAGAUCUAGCCAGGGCUAAAAGCGAAGCUCCUAUUAACUCGAAUUUAUAAUUUAAAUCAAACAAUAAACUUGUAUUCCACAAUUCAGUUAACUUUAGAGCACAUUCAUGUGACUUUUGAGGAAAAGGUUAAGUGAUUUUAGAGAAAAGUAAUUUGCAAACAGUCCAAGCUAAGAGUGAACUUAAUCUUACAUCGAGUUGAUAGCCUUAUAUGUACACCCAAAAAAUAGCAAUCAUCUUCGAUCACAUUUAUGAGCGCGGGCUCUUGAUCACAGAAGAUUAGGCGUGGAAAAAAAAUCAGGCGGAAUUUUUUUGCGCUCGACAAGUUUACUUUACAAAAUCUUGCCAACAAGUCUGGGGACGUGUGAACCAACCUUUUAUACUUUUUAUACAUCACAUCUGAGGUGAAACAGUACCAUGAGGCGCUGUUUUUAUCAUACAGACCUCGGACAGAAUGCAGUAUUUCACAAUUUUGCAAUACAAAUUGCACUCACUCAAUAUUCAGGACGAUCGAAGCACGUGUGGGCUUUUAGCGAAACCGUUAAAAAAAUUUUCAAAAUCACCUAUACAGCCAGCCGGUUCUCACUUUUGACAAGCGCCAUAGUCGACUGUUUAAAUUAUUAUUAAUAGAGUUAUACGCUUCAACAUAAUAAAGAAUUUAUUAUGUUUAUUUUUUAUUUAAUGGUUUUAUAACGAUGUGUAAUCUUCAAAAGCGUUUGAUACGCGCGGCAUUUUGACUACUCCUGUAUGCAAGCGAUGUUCAUGAGCGACUCAAAACAAACGGCACAGCGAUAAAAAUUGCAAAAGAGACUACCAACAACCAAUAAAAGGAAAAUAAUUCGGUGAAACAUGUACAGAGACAACAAUUUUCAUUCACGAAGACAAGUAAUAAAGUGUCUCCGAAAAUCCUAGCCUGAGAUCAUGCCCUCUCCCUAUUAUCCCUUUAUGUCCUUGAAAAAAAAAAAAAAAAAAAAAAAACAAAAAAACGCCUGAUCGCAGGUUACGAAAAUCCUUGUUUUAAAUGUUUUUCAUUUUUGUAAGCCGGCUUCCCGGUGUUUGCUUUUCAAAGAUGAACUCGAAGCAAGAAAAUCGCUCAAAGCUUUCUUUUACAGCCAGAAUUAAAACGAAAUAUUCUUUGGAACGUUUUCUUUCUAUUCGCGAUGAGAAAAUGUCUAAAGGCUUUUUAAAGUUCUAUAAGCUUAUAAUCAAACCUGACACUCGGUCAGAUCAUUGUCUCAAAUCUUACAAUUAAAAACGUGCAUAAACUAAAUAGCCGCAUAAACUACGCUCGACUUCAUUAAAUUAGAUAUAAAAAACAAACGUCAAAUACAAUAAUUACUCAGACUUACCAUUCGAGAUGCACUGAAAACUAUCAAGUAAGGCCAGAAUCGCUUCAGACUUUUCAACCCUCUUACGCAUCAAGCAAGGUGAAAAACGAAAACGAUGCCAUCCGAAAUCGGAUUUCCGACUUUGACAAGCGACAUAUAUCUCAACCAAAAACCAAAUAAACAAACUAGCCAUGAAUAACAGAAGACUCUUGAUAGCAGCUGAAUUUCAUUUUGUACAUUCAGUGGAAAAAGACAGUUAAAAAAAUCACAAGUUGACACAAAACUCUGUCAGCUUCAGCUGUCAAAGUAAACAGGUUUCAAGAUGCUGCAUAAAUUUUCCGCAUGAACUCAUCUGUCAAAUUUUGACCAAUCACAGCAUAAAAAUUGGACGUAGAGCCUGACCAACGCGUGACCUUGGUGAGAAAAGUCAAAAGCAACCGGCAUGUCUUCCCUACCUGUAAAAACUGGCUGAAUUUUAGCUUCCGAGGUCAGUUUGAAAUCAAAAUUUUAAUUGUGCGGCACAUAAAAAACACAACAUAUUUCAUAUGAAUUUAAAAAAAUUAAACUUGAGCCUGCGAUCAUUUUCAAGAAAACUAGUAACUUGUCAGCGGAUAACUUCAAAAAGAUACUUGACCUCGAUGGGUUGACACCUGAGCCCGCGAUACGGUCAGGUGAUACUGGUCAGCGGAUACCCUGUUUUGACAGCUGUCAAUUGAUCACAACAUUGAUGUGCAAUAUAUGUGUGCAAUAUCAGUCUUCCUGUGCUCCCAAACUAGGUAGAAAGUGUGAGGAUUGAACACUGGUUGCCCUGUGGUGCGGACCGACGGGCGGGCGGGCGGUGUACGGUCACGUGAUUACCAAAUUUUCUGGGAUGGGUAGAUUUACUUACCCAUGGUGCUCCGCAGGCGCGCUUCGCGCGCCAGAGCUCCGCUAUAAUUACCCAUUUUAAACGGAUAUUUGUCCUAAAAAGGCCACCUAGAAUUUUCGGGAGCCUUUUCCUAGCUGACAUUUUCGAAAAGGUAAGUUUUGAUCCCAAUAAUUUUCCGACCACUAGACUUUCAGCUUGGAAAUCCGAACAGAUGAAAAGUUUUUAAGGGAUAAAAAUAUGCUUAUAUCUACCGUUUAAAUACUAAAAUACGUUCAACAAUAUAUCCUCGUUGGGUGCCCCUGUCUCAUGGGACAGCAAAGCGAGAAGAAAAACGGUAGCUGAGACCUCAUCGAGUAUUUAUAGUCCCUUUUAUUUAGAAAAAGGUAAGUCAUACGGAGACAGACUUCCAAAUAGCGCGUCAUGUAUUGUAAGCGUCUUCAGUGUAAAAUAUGGACAUCAACGCAAACUCAACUACACUUAGUAUUCUAUCAGUUGAAGUUAUUGCUAAAACGCUGAAAAGUGUGGUCACGUCACUGGGUCGGUCACCUGUUGACUAUUGUUUGGCGACAACAAUCUUUUAAUGUUUCUAUUUAAAGUUGAUUAUUCCAGUGUUUUAAUUUUUUAUUACAGACAUCAACGAAUGUUCCAGCAAUCCUUGUUUAAACGGAGGAUCGUGUACUGAUCAGGUUAAUGGAUAUAUUUGUAGCUGUCAGCCUGGAUACACAGGAGCACAGUGUCAAACAAGUAAGAAAUAUUCUUAGUGUAAUAUCCCCUGAAUAGUUUUGGCAAAAGUUGUAAUCAAUCUUUUUAAUAUUGCCAUAAAAAGUUGACCUUUCUCAUAUUGCACUUUUUGUCACAGACAUCAACGAAUGUUCCAGUAAUCCUUGUUUAAACGGAGGAUCGUGUACUGACCAGGUGAAUGGAUAUGUUUGUAGCUGUCAGCCUGGAUACACAGGGACUAGGUGUCAAUCAGGUACGUAG